UAAAGUGAUCGCCCUUCGGACGACAUGUGUUUCUAAAUUCAAUCCGUCGAAACAGCCCCAGAGUUGUCCGUCCUGCCCAGAUGACCGAUGAGCAGAAGCUGAGCACUUUCAUGGAACGGCAUGGGGUGCGCGAGGAGGUGGCCCGUCAGUACCUGAGCUCCAACGACUGGUCCCUGGAGGUAGCCAGCAGCUCCUACGAGUCGGAGGCGGUUUCCAAAAAGCAGGAGCCCGAAAAGUCCUCCGAGCAGUCGCAGUCGAGUCAGAGCAAUCGGGAUCUCCAUUCGCUGCUGAGCGAGAUAUCCCGGCGGAAGGAGGGCGACCAUGACGGCUACCAGGCAUCGGACAGCUCCGACCACGACACGGCGGCGGGCAGGCGGGUGAACAUCAAUAGCUCCACGCCGGCUCUGACCAACAACGACAGCGACCGGAGUCUGCGGGUCUGGGGCCAUGGCAAUCGGUUGGGCAGCGCCCAUCCCAUCAAUCCCCCUCUGCGAUCCGCGACCGAGGAUUCGGAUACGGAGCCAACGGACGACGAGCACACCAUAGUGGUCCUGCACCUCUGGUCGGAGGGAUUCUCCCUGGACGAUGGCUCGUUGAGGUUGUACGCACUGCCCGAGAACGAGCGAUUUCUCCGCGCCAUUUUGAGGGGGGAUUUCCCGGAGGAAAUGCUCCGGGUGCCCAGAGUGCAGCUGAGCGUGCAGGAUCACACCAACGAGUCCUAUCGUCACUUGUCCCGGAAACAGUUCAUGGGACCCGGCAGACCGCUGAACAGCCCCUCCCCUCAAACAUUCGUCGCUGGCCCCAUGCCCGUUGAGCCCCAGAGCCUUCAGCUCAACGAACGGGCCGCCACGACCACCGUGCAGUUGAGGAUGGCGGAUGGGAGUCGCGUGGCCGGACGCUUCAAUGUCGACCACAACGUGGGGGAUCUGUAUCGGUAUGCACGACUGGCCAGACCCGAGUUCUCCGACCGGAGCUUCGUCCUGAUGACCGCCUUUCCGCGACAGGAGCUCGUCGAGUCGGACACCCGUACCUUGGUGCAGGCCAAUCUCUGCAACGUGGUGGUCAUCCAGCACUUGAACGAGGAGCAGGUGGAUCCGUUGUCCAGCGAUGCUUCAGAGCCCCUCCUGCAAUAAACGGCAGCCGCGAUGUAUUGCUUAAAUUUAUAA